GGACUUUAUCGUUCAAGCUGAAUUACGAGAUCAACACCGUCUGGGCAUAUGCGCCUCAAAACACCAAUGUCAGCGCGGAGAUCGUCUUCUCUGGGUAACGCGUUUUCAGUCCUCGUCUCAGCUGAGUCACUGCGAUUCUGAUGCUUUCCUCUGCAAGGUACACCGAAGGCUUCAUCUCAGCUUUAAGCUACUUCCGCGAAAAGUAUGGUGAGGAUGGCAAGGCCCACUUCAACGCUGCUGUAGUCAAGUCUCAGCUGAGUCUCGGGGUUAACGAGCGAGGCCAAGACGCGCCGUCAUCGGAGAUCAAAGAUGUAGUGUAUUGGAUCCUGUCCAAACACGACGCGUUGUCGUAUAAAAUGAGCUUGUCUCGAUGAUAUGCCCGCUGCGGCCGAAGCCAAGGAGAGAUUCGAGUUCUCGUUGACGGCGAAGC